AUGAGUGCAGCGGUGCGACCAACAGCUGCCAUCCUGCGCAGAGCACGCCAUGUGCCCGUAACACAAUGUCUCGCCCGGCGGUGGCAGACAUCCGCCGCAAAGCCCGCAAGCUACGACGAGAUGCUCGACCUGAUGGAACAAGAAUAUCCUGAUCUCAACAAGCCUCGCAACGAUCCUCCUCGUACACCCGAGUCCCCACAGCCCGAACAAUCCGCCCAACAGCAAAUCUUCCAAUCCGAGGACGAAGACGACCGGCAGAGAAGAUGCUCGUCCAUCACCCCGAUUCAAGCCCACAAAGAGACGCUGCCUGGAUCACAGAGAAGGACUGGUACCGACGAGUACAAGCCUCGUCGCGUACCUCCCCCAGUCUACAAGCCCUCUCCUGACCAAGUCGACAAUCACACAUUGCCAGAGCAGACUGCGAUACACAGGUCACAACCACCACUCGAGCAAUCAGAGCAGUCACGGCCAUUGACUGAGCCAUCAGAGCAGUCACAAGCACCUCAGCGUACCCUUGACCUCGCCACCAUCGCCCCGGAAGCCUCACCAACCCUCAUAGCAGAACUCAACCCAGAAUCGAAAGACAUAGAAGCCGAGAAAACUUCAACAAAAGCAAGAAUCAAGCCACGCACGACGCCAUCUCCCGUGGCUCCAGAACCACUACGGAACCCUUCUACCCGAACCAACCCGACUGCCAGGGUGGCAACUGAGGAACUCCUUUCGAAUACCAAUUUCAAUCCUUUGGAAACUGUCAAAAUUAGAGGCAAGAUUUUUGACAACAUCUUCCUUCGCGACUCGUGCACCUGUUCCCAGUGCGUAGACAUAUCGACGCGUCAGAAACGCUUUGACUCUGCCGACAUUCCUUCCAACAUCAGAAUCAGAUCCUUGGAUUCUGGAUCCGGGCCUGAUAGCGAUACUGUCAUCACCUGGAAGCAUGAUGUCCACGGCUUUGGUCCGGAUCAUGUAACCCGACUGUCCAACAAGCGCCUCGUACGUUCGACGCUUUAUCCAAAGACCCAUGAACACACGGGAGGGAAAUGGGCCUGGAACAAGUCCGUGCUGGAGGAACGCAUGGUCGAUUUUGAUUACAAUGAAUACAUGUCGGACGAAAAGGUGCUCUUCCGAAUGUUAGAGCAACUACAGAUGUUUGGCCUGGUAUUUAUCAAGAACCUCCCUGAGGCAGAGUCAUCCGUCAUUCAAACGGCCAACCGCAUCGGGCCUCUCAAGAACACCUUCUAUGGCGAGACAUGGGAUGUGCGCAGCGUCUCGAACGCAAAGAACGUCGCCUAUACUGAUGUGCAUCUUGGCUUCCACAUGGAUCUGCUCUACAUGCAGCAACCUCCGAGAUUGCAGCUUCUGCAUUGCCUUCGUGCAUCUGAUCAAGGUGGCGUGUCUCUGUUCAGCGAUGCUUACCGAUCUAUGCAAGCAGUCUAUGAUAUGGACCAGGCCGCGUUCGAGGCUCUUUGCGAGACGCCAGUCAAUUUCCAUUAUGACAAUGACAACCACCAUUACUUCCGCAGUCGACGCACGUUCCAAUUGCGCGAGGGCAUAAACAAAUUGCCUGGGAGGCUCCAUGGUGUGUGGAAUUUCAUGGAGGCGGUGAAUUGGGCGCCCCCAUUUCAAGCGCCCUUCAAUCACACCAAGGGCGAUGUGGCAUUCGCCAAGAGUAUACGAGCAUGGCAUGAAGCGGCGCAAAUCUUUCGAAAUAUGACAGAGAUGAAAGAGAAUAUUUACAGCCGGCAGAUGGCACCUGGUGAGUGUGUGGUCUUUGACAAUCGCCGUGUUCUGCAUGCCAGGACAGCAUUUGCUGGUGGCGAAAGAUGGCUCAGAGGUGCUUAUCUGGAUGAUGAUCCCAAACCCAAGAACGCGCGCAGCAAGCGCGCCCUCGAAAAGAAAGCGCCCCAACUGCACGAAAACGCAAAAAUGACCCUCUUCCUGCGCUACACGUCCUGCUCCGAAAUCGUGCAACUCUGCAUGGGCGACCUGCACUCCCUCAAACGUCCCUUGGCCCAAAAGUUCACCAAGAAAAACGACAUUCACCCUUUCGAAGACCCUUCGUCGCUGGAGUUUUUCGCAGAGAAGAACGAUUGCAGUCUUAUGGUGUUUGGCUCGCACAGCAAGAAGCGUCCUCACACCGUUACGUUUGUGAGGUUCUUUGACCACAAGGUGUUGGAGAUGUUGGAGUUGCAUGUUGAUGUGGAUACCUUCCGGACGAUUUCGCAGUUUAAGUCUGCCAAAGCUCGUGUUGGUCUCAAGCCUUUGGUUUCCUUCUCUGGCACAGCUUUCGACUCGCCCGUCUCAAACACAUACACCAUGGCCAAAUCUCUGCUUCUCGAUUUCUUCAAGGGCGAAGACACGAAUAAUGUGGAUGUGGAGGGUUUGCAGUACAUGGUGCACAUUUCCGUGCCCGAAGAGGAGGAUGCCCAGCCCGCGCCCAAAAUCUGUCUGCGCACAUACAUGAUCAGCACGAAAAAGUCUGGACAAUCGCUGCCGAGAGUCGAGGUCGAGGAGAUGGGCCCCAGAGUGGAUUUCCGCGUCGGCAGAGUCAAGGAGGCUGAUGUGGAUAUGAUGAAGGCUGCUAUGAAGAAGCCCAAGGGUCUGGAGAGCAAGAAAAACAUCGAGACCGACAUUAUCGGAGACAAGGUCGGCCGCAUCCAUCUCGGCAAGCAAGACCUCAACGACAUGCAAACGAGAAAGAUGAAGGGUCUCAAGAGAAGCAGAGACGACGACACCGAGGGCGGCCCCGUGGUCUCGGACGACGAAGGCGAGGAUGUCGAGACCGAUGGCGGUGUCGAGAUCAAGAAGAUCCGUGUCUAA